AUGCAGGAGGAGGAGGAGGUGGAAGUGGAGGAGGUGGAAUUGGAGGAGUUGGAACUGGAGGAGGAGGAAGCGGAGGAGGAGGAAGAGGAGGAGGAGGAAGGGGAAGAGGCUGUGUCUCUCUCCUCCUCUCUGUCUUUCCCCCCCUCAGUCCUGUUUAUAGACUGCCUAGACAAGGUGUCUGCUGCUGAGACUCCAAGUCCUCCCCAGGGUCCUCAGGAUGACUGCUCCUCCCCCUGUGCCUUGGAAGCCUUUCCAUGGAGCCAAUCUGAAGAUGAGAGCUCCAGCAGCCACGAGGAGGACAGUCCAGACACUGAGAGAGAACCAGAAGACGAUGCCGAUUCCUUGCUCCAAAAAGCACUACAUUUGAAGAUGUCUCAAGUGGUGGAGUUCCUGCUCCUAAAGUAUCGCGAAAAGGAGCCAACCACCAGGGCAGAAAUUCUGAGUAGUGUCAUCAAAGAGCACCAUGACCACUUCCCUGAGAUUUUCAGAGCAGCCACUGAGUGCAUGAAGCUGGUCUUUGGUAUUGAUGUGAAACAAGUGGACCUCAGUGCCCACAUUUUUGUCCUGGCCCCCUCUUUGGGGCUCUCCUAUGAUGGCAUGGUGAGCAAUGGGAACAAAUAUCCCAACACCGGUCUCCUGGUCACACUUCUGUGGGUGAUUGCUGCAGAGGGUGAUUGUGCCCCUGAGGAGAAAGUCUGGGAAGCACUGAAUGUUUUAGGGGUCCAUGAUGGGAAGAAGCAUUGGAUCUAUGGGGAGCCCAGGGAGCUCAUCACUAAAAUUUGGGUGCAUGAGCAAUACGUGGUGUACCGCCAGGUGCCCAAUAGCAAUCCUGCAUGCUUUGAGUUCCUAUGGGGUCCCAGGGCCCACGCUGAGACCACCACAUCGAAAGCCCUCAAGUUUGUGCUCAGGGUCAAUGAUAGGGAUCCCCGCUCCUUCCCAUUCCUGCCUGAAGGGCCUGAGUGUAAUGAGAACCACUUUGCCUGA